UUACAAGUGGCGGGGGCACCUGCAGUCUCCCCGAAGAUCACGGUGCGAGGAAGCGGCAAUGUUGACCUCCUGUAUCGUCACCUUAGGCUUAAUUACCUCCACCAAAUGAAUCUCGGGAAUCUGACAGACACGCAGCGCAGACAGGUGGAUGGAUGGAUGGAUGGAUGGACGGCGGAAAGUGGUGUGGACAAUGCAUUCAUGAAUCAUCUGUGUGAGGGUACCUCCACAAUGCGGUCCCGCACGUGGACCUCCUGGUGCACGGGAAUGUGCAACACAUGGGGCUCACCAGCGGCUGGUGGGGCCUGCAGCAAGACAUCAAAUCGCACCAUCUUGACUACAUUGUUGACCAUUAGUCGUCUGCCGGUAGGCCGCAGCGGCUCUCUUGGUUGUGUAUUUAUGUCCGUAUUUAUGUCCGGCGAGUGUGGAUAGCUGAGUUUCUCACCGUCUGCGGAGGGAGCGGCUGUGACUGCAUACUCGCGUUGCCUGGCUCAGGGCCGAGAUAGAAAUUCACGCGCAU